GACAUGCAAUCUGGAGACAGAGAGGGAGGCGGUGGCAAUAGCAGCGUGAAGUGACGAUAGUAGAGAACGACAGACCAUUUGUACUCGGCGAGAUUGUUAAACUAGCAAACAGCGAAACUCAAUCUGUAUCGACGGGCCGUGGGGCCGUUUCUCUUUCAGGUAACUGCAAACUGUGGUCAUAGUGAAAUGAGACAUCUAAAAACCUCAGCAGCUGAGAGGAUGGAGAGGAAGAACUCUGGUAGUGUGGGAAGUUGGUAGGAACAGAAGAAUAAGCAGCACUGGUAUCCUCUCGGGCAACUCUUUGACACUUCUGUCUGCAGUGGAGCUCACUAUGAGCAUGCCAUAAACCAUUGCCAUAGCUGCCUUUCCCACCAUUUGCAACAUUGUGUCUAGAGACAACAGCAGCUGGAGACAGCACCCUGCUUCAUGAACCAACAGGAUGCAGAGGAGGCCCUCGCACUCUCCGAGCGCCUCCUCAUAGCUUCACACAAGGGACAAGCUGACAGUGUAGUUCAGCUUAUCAACAAAGGUGCAAAAGUAGCAGUUACCAAGUACGGCAGAAGCCCCCUGCACCUUGCUGCUUACAAAGGCCAUAUUGAGGUUGUCCAUAUCCUGCUCAAAGCUGGCUGCAACCUAGACAUCCAAGAUGAUGGGGAACAGACCGCAUUACACAGAGCAGCUGUGGUGGGAAACAGCGAUGUUAUCAAUGCUCUGAUCCAGGAAAGCUGCGCACUGGACAGACAGGACAAGGAUGGCAACACUGCUCUACAUGAAGUAUCCUGGCAUGGCUUCAGUCAGUCUGUCAAACUGCUGGUAAAGGCUGGAGCCAAUAUUCAUAUCAAAAACAAGGCAGGAAAUACAGCUCUCCACCUUGCAUGUCAAAAUGGUCAUGCUCAGAGCUCCAAGGUUCUGCUACUUGGUGGAUCCAGGCCUGACAGCAAAAACCAUGCAGGUGAUACUUGUCUACAUGUGGCAGCCCGCUACAACCAUGUGGCUGUGAUUCACAUCUUGCUGGGAGCAUUUUGCUCUGUGUCAGAGAAGAACUUGGCUGGAGACACUCCGCUACAUGUGGCAGCUGCUCUGAAUCAUAAGAAGACAGUACGCCUGCUGCUGGAGGCUGGAGCAGACAGUUGCAUCAGCAACACUGCAGGUCUAACAGCUUUGGACCAGGCCAGAGAACACAAUAACCCAGAAGUAGCUCUUCUACUGACUAAAGCACCCCAGGUGCAAAGUUUUGUGCGUGGUAGGAGUGUGAGGAAGAGGAGAGACAAGCUAAAGGCAGAAGGUCGAGCUCAGUCGGUGCCCAGAGAUGAGAUGCUACUAUGUAAGGAUAGUGCAUCUGUUCCCAGUGGCAGCCAGAGCAGUGACCAAGGUGCCUGGAAACACACUGAGGUAACUGAGUCAAAUGCCAGGAGGGGGAAGAACAAGAAGCAGAAAAAAAAGCCAUCUUUGUCCAACCAUCUGCGCCGCAGAGAGACCAGACACAGUGAAACCAUUCAUAAGAGGAAAGGUAAACUGCGUGGAACCUCCCCUUACACAUCUAUCCCUCCACAUAACUUCAAAGCCUAUCAGCUGUACACGUUGUACCGAGGAAAAGAUGGCAAGAUCAUGCAGGCUCCUCUGAAUGGCUGCCGCUGUGAACCUCUUAUCAAUAAACUGGAAAACCAGCUGGAAGCCACCAAGGAGGAGAUGAAGACUGAGAUCCACAUUGUUCAAGACUUAAUGAACAGCAAGAUGGGCCAGCUAGACCGCAAGAACAAAUACCAGAUCUGGACUCUUGAUAAGAUGAUGGUGGAGAGAGUGUCAGCAGAGAGGAGCGACUGUCUGCAGAGAAUUGAGCAGCGGGCCCUGCAGGAGCGACUGGAAUCAGAGAAAAGACAGGCGUCUCUGGUCAGUGAACUGAAGAGCUGGUGUCUGUCCAAACUGCAGAACAUGGAGGUCCGCUUCACAAAAGAGGCCAGCAGCACUAACUUACAGUGCUCCUCAGAGGGUGAGGGACUCACCAAAGCUGAUGGAGCUGCCUUCACUGUGGUGUCCACUGGGCAGGGGAGCAGCUCCCAGUACCUCAAGCUCCAGAAUGACCCUUCACUCCUGGAGUUCACACAAGGAGAAUCCAACGUGGCAGAGGGUGGCGCAGCCAGCCACUACUUUGUGGUUCAUGUGGAGAGCUCUCCAGAUGCUGAUAAGGCUCAGAAUACAGAGGCUCACUCUCCUGCAGCAGAAGGGAGCCUCCCAUCAUGCGUCCAGGUGGUUCGACCAAAGGAGCGCUCUGUGACCUGUGUUGACACCAAGAGGAAGGACCAGGAGUUGCAUGAUGUGGACAUGGUGAGGAGUGGGGGCAGGAGCCAACGAUCCAGUAGUCUGUCUCCAGCCACAGAGCGCCACUGCAGCAGCAGGACUGACGCAGGGCUCAGAGAAAGGGAACGACGCUCUGACAGAGUGAAGCACCAGAGGAAACAUUUUCAUGGUAGGACUAAGUCAAGAGGGGGCACAGAGGUCAGGACUCUGGAAGUCUUUGAAGAGCAGCCCAGCAAGCCCAUGUUUGCUCAGGAGAGGGGCAACAUGCAUGCCCUCGAGGUGACCCAGUACUUCUUUGAGGCAGUGUCAACUCAGAUGGAGCACUGGUAUGAGAGGAAGGUGCAGGAGGCUCGCUGGCAGGCCGAUCACAGGGCUCAAGCAGAGAAGGCUGCUCUGAUUGAGAAGAUCGCCUAUCUGGAGGAUGAGCUACGUAUGCUGAGAAUGCACCAGCAGGAGGACUGCUAACACACAGAUCAUGUGUUACUGCAGGAAAAAAAAGACCAACAUGGGAUUAGAUCACCAAAUAUAUAAAUGAUUCUUCUCGAAGACAUGAUUACACAACUGCAGUUAUCUCAUGAAUGAUUUUAGUAGCACAGGUCUGGCUUGUUGACGUGUACAUAUAAUUUUGGGCAGCUUUCUGUAUUGUAAAUCAACCUGUGAAUUUAAAGGUAUUAGUCAGAAAUUCAUGGAUCAUGCUAUAAACCAUGGACACUGUGCACAUCUGUAUAAAGUGAUUAUAAGCACUAUGAGCUAAAUCUUUAGAAACAAAAUGCACUAUGGGUCACAGUGGCAACUGUGUGAUUGAGGGAAUGACAGUGGAAUAAGCUGUGUUGAUGUCUGCAUGCUAGAAUUAAUGUAUGACUCUUACUAUGAGAGGGUAUUAAAUCCUGCUAAAGAAUGUAUUUGGAAAACAUAGUGCAUGUGUACUGAGGCUAGGCUCUUCCCACAGUAAUAUAGAGAUGUAUAGUUUCAUAGAGAUUAAACAUUCUUUCUGGUAUUUUAGUUUUUAUUUAUGGCAUAGGGUCACCUGCUCAACCAGGUGUCCAUCCAGACGUUGGACAUUUUGGACCAAUGUGAUAGCUUUCUCUACCACAACCGAAAAGCAGUUUUUCCUUUAAUUAGUCCAUGUAAAUCUGUGUCCUGUUAGAGGGUCAAGUGAGAAAUCUGAAUUUGUUAACCUCCACAUAAGGGAACCUAUUCUGGUCUAGACAGAGGUCACAUGUUUACAUCUUUGAAACAUUAAAAUCUUGUUUAGUUAGUUUUUUAUUUAAUGCAUAAACAUAAAUGUCAUUGCCAGGUUCCUGUGUAUAGUGAGUACAGUACAGAUCCUGGAUCUUAGCAGUGAAAGCAUGCAUGUGUUGUUUUUUUCCACACCACUAGGAUAAAGAUCCGCUGGCCCCAACCCACUCCCAAGUGUCCCUGUCAGAACACGUUGCAUGAAGAAGGCUCUGACAUGUUUGCAGUAUUACUGCUAUAUCAGUGUAGUUGCUGUUAUUGUUUGUUAAUGCCAGAAUAUUUUGUAUUAAACAUGUUUGUAAGUGGUU